AUGCUUUCCUCACCAGAUUUCUCUCUUGAAGAGUACGAGUUUUCUCUUCAAACCGGCUUCCUCCCGGAGGCUCCCCCUCUGCAAUGUUUACCGGAUCCUUACUACGCCCCGUGGGAAGCCGUUGCCCGGGAUUUGACAGCCAGUAUACAAGAUGGCACCAUCCAUCAGGCCGUAGAAAGCCUGCCCGUCCUCACCACCGCAAACUUGCAAUCCAAGCCAGAAUGGAGGAGGGCCUAUGUGGUACUCUCUUACCUCACACAUGCUUAUGUUUGGGGAGGCGAAAUUCCAAAAGAUGUUCUGCCCCCAGCCAUCUCAGUACCCUACCUAGAAGUUUCAAGUCACCUAGAACUUCCUCCCGUGGCCACUUACGCAGCCCUCAACCUAUGGAACUGGUCGACUUCGUCACCCAACGACGAUCUCACCUGUGCCGAUAACCUGUCAGUGACACUAUCAUACACAGGAACCAAAGACGAGGAGUGGUUCUUCAUGGUGUCCGUCGCCAUGGAAGCAAGAGGAGCCCGGGUCAUUGAAAUGAUGCUUAACACCAUCCAAGCCGUGGCCGUCGGCGACAACCAGAGGAUCGUCGCCUAUCUCAACCAGAUCAGCGAAGGAUUCAAUGAGCUGGCUCGUAUCCUGGAACGAAUGUACGAGAAGAACCGCCCCGCCGUCUUCUUCCACCUCCUCCGACCCUACCUCGCCGGAAGCAAGAACAUGGCUUCAGCCGGCCUACCGAACGGUCUUUUUUUUGAUCAAGGAAACGGAAAGGGCGAAUGGCUCCAGUAUAGCGGCGGGAGCAACGCUCAAAGCUCUCUCAUUCAGACCUUCGACAUCUUCCUCGGUGUCGAGCACACAGCCAUGGGAGGCCCAACAAAAGCUGAGCUUCCGAGGGCGAAGAUGGGCAAAACCCCAUACAUCCAGGUUCGUGGAGCUACCCAUUUGCCGCUGAGUAUGAGCGAUUCUGACCAUUCGAUGCAGGAAAUGCGAAACUACAUGCCCGGCCCCCACAGGCGGUUCCUGGAAAUGCUCACUCGAAACGCCAACCUCCGUCCGUACGCUAUGAGCUGCAAGCUCGGCACACCCGUUCGGGACGCAUACAACGCCGCCGUCAUGGCCCUCGGAUCGUUCCGUGACAAGCACGUCCAGAUCGUGACAAGGUACAUUAUUCUGGCGUCGAAGCUGCCUCCUCCAGAGAACACGCCUGUCAGGAUGAACCUGGCUUCAACGACGCAGACCCAGAUGAAGGACUCAAACGAGAAGGUCUCAGCUGGCGUCAGCGGCACAGGAGGAACCGAUUUGAUUCCGUUCCUGAGACAAACUCGGGAUGAUACCAAGGCUGCGGCAAACUUCGCGGAUUAA